UACCUACCGCCUCGCCUGAAGCUGGGUAGGACCUGGAGACUGCUUUACUCCUCGGAUCAGGAUGGCGUCAGUCUCGAAACGCUAUACCACAAGGUCAGGAUAGGUGGUGGAAUCACGUCCAUAUCUGAUGCAGGCCUCGUCUUGGCCAUUCGUGACGCCGACGAUCACGUCUUUGGCGCCUUUGUCAAUGAGAGCUUCACGAAUAACAAAGGUUACUACGGUAAUGGAGACUGUUUCCUCUGGAGGACUGUCCAGCCCAAAGAAGGGACACCCUACAUCAAGACGUACCCGACGACUCUGAGGAACAACUACAACAUCCUUUCCACUCACGAGUACCUCUCUCUGGGUGGAGGAAUCGACGGGAGGUAUGGUCUGUGGAUCGACUCGUCUUUCGAGAAGGGCGUCACUGCUCGGUCUGAGACGUACGGGAACGAGAUUCUCAGCGACGAUAGAGAUCGCCCUGAGCCGGUAGGCAAGGAU